CUACAUUUUAUGGGAAAGUCAGUUUCCCACCAUUGUGUCCAGGCACUGACAGGGCUCACGCUGUUGUUGAGGACUAUGAGAAACAGACGUAACAGGAUUCCGGGAGCAGCACAGGAAGAGACUGAGUUCAGAUAAUGUUGGAGCCGCCGAGGUAAAGGCAGACCUCUCUUUGUGGAGCUUUUCAGCGUCUUUCUGGUGGACCGUCUUGUGGUUGUCAAGUGUCGACAACCUGCUUUUUGUGGCGUGCGGCGGUUCCUUGCCAUUGGCGAUAGUGGCUGUGCUGAGUUGCAGGGCUACAUGCCAUGGGCUGUGUUUUCUCCCUGCCAGAGGACAGGAGAGAUGCUGCCGAGAGAGCGCCCACAACGAGAGAGACGAGUUUCAUUGAGAAAAUGAAGAAAACGGGCAAGAACAUCAUUGUGUUCUAUGGCUCUCAGACGGGCACAGCAGAGGAAUUCGCCAACAGAUUGUCUAAAGAUGCUCAACGCUACGGCAUGAAAGGAAUGGCUGCUGACCCAGAGGAAUACGAAAUGGGUGAACUGUCCCGUCUAGCUGAGAUCAAAAACUCACUAGCCAUAUUCUGCAUGGCCACCUACGGAGAGGGAGAUCCGACAGAUAACGCCCAGGAUUUCAAUGACUGGCUACAGGAAAAUGAUGAUGAAGACCUCUCUGGACUCAACUACACGGUGUUUUCUCUGGGCAACAAGACAUAUGAACACUACAACGCAAUGGGGAAAUAUGUCGACAAAAGGUUGGAAGAACUUGGGGCCAAGCGCAUCUUUGACCUCGGUUUGGGAGAUGAUGACAGCAAUUUGGAAGAGGAUUUUGUCUCAUGGCGAGAGCAGUUUUGGCCUGCUGUCUGCGAGCACUUUGGAGUGGAAGCCUUAGGAGAUGACUCAAGCAUACGACAAUAUGAGCUGAAGGAGCACACCGACAUGAACAUGAACAAAGUGUUCACCGGAGAGAUUGGCCGUCUGAAGAGUUUUGAGGCCCAGAAGCCGCCAUAUGAUUCGAAGAACCCCUUUUUGGCUCCGGUCACUGUCAACCGCAAACUGAACAAAGGCGGGGAUAGGCACCUGAUGCACCUUGAACUUGAUAUUUCCGGCUCCAAGAUCAGAUACGAGUCAGGAGACCACGUGGCUGUUUUCCCAACAAAUGACGCAGUGUUGGUGAACAAGUUGGGGCAGAUCCUUGGAGUAGACCUUGAUGUGGUUAUCUCUCUGAACAACCUUGAUGAGGAGUCCAAUAAGAAGCACCCGUUCCCUUGCCCUACCACGUACCGUGUGGCUCUAACUCACUACCUCGACAUCACGCACCCUCCUCGCACCAACGUCCUUUAUGAGAUGGCACAGUACGCUUCCGAUCCCAAAGAUCAGGAGAACAUGCGCAAGAUGGCAUCCUCAUCACCCCAAGGAAAGGCGCUUUACCAGAGUUGGGUUCUGGAGCCCUGUAGAAACAUCCUUGCCAUUCUGGAGGACAUGCCAUCUUUAAGGCCGCCCAUCGACCACCUGUGCGAGUUGCUGCCUCGUCUCCAAGCCCGUUAUUACUCCAUAGCCUCUUCCUCCAAAGUUCACCCUAACAGCAUCCACAUUUGUGCCGUGUUGGUGGAAUAUAAGACCAAGACAAACCGUAUCAACAAGGGAGUGGCCACUAAUUGGCUGAAGAACAAACUGGUGGCGGACAAUGGCCACAAGUCCACCGUUCCCAUGUACAUCCGCAAGUCUCAGUUCCGCCUGCCCUUCAAGGCCAGCGUCCCAGUGAUCAUGAUAGGCCCUGGCACAGGAAUCGCUCCUUUCAUGGGCUUCAUCCAGGAAAGGGGCUGGCUCAAACAGCAAGGAAAGGAAGUCGGCGAGACGGUGAUGUUCUUCGGCUGCAGACAUAAAAAUGAAGAUUAUAUCUACCAAGAGGAGAUGGAGGAAGCUGAGAAGAAUCAAGUCUUAACACAGUUGAAUGUUGCGUUCUCCCGAGACCAGGAACAUAAGGUCUAUGUGCAGCACCUCUUGAAGAAAAAUAAGGAGAACCUUUGGAAGCUCAUUCAUUCAGACAGCGCCCAUAUUUACAUUUGCGGGGACGCAAGAAACAUGGCGAAGGAUGUACAAACGGCCUUUUACGAAAUCGCAGAAGAGCUCGGAGGCAUGGCGCGCACGCAGGCCACGGAAUACGUCAAGAAACUGAUGACCAAGGGACGCUACUCACAGGACGUGUGGAGUUAAAACCCUCCCCCCAGCCUCAAUCUAACUUUAAUUAGUGUUGUCUGUUUUUUUUUAUAUCUUAUUUUAUCUGGACUGGAUGUGUAAAUCUUUAACACGUUCAUAUUCAGCCUGGAUCAUGAUGCUAAAGGGGAAAGCCUUACUGUACCUCCGCAGGUGAUGUAGUAAACCCACUGCACAAU